UACCUUAAGAAAUUUAAAUAUAACUUUUCAACACCACAGUUCAAGAUUGUUCGUUUUACAUGUAACAAGUGUUUAUUACUUAUUAUGAAUAUGUAAAAAACAAUGAUAGUAAAUAAAAGUAGUAAAUUCGUCUGUUUUUGAUGCGCGAACUUAUAAUUUUAUAUACUAGCUUCUGAAAACGAGGCCAUAAGCAAAAAAACUAAUUUUACGAGUAACGUAACACGUUAUGUUACAAAUAAAAAUAACAUUGUGUAAAAAUGAAUCACUCAAAGUUUUUUCUGUCAUUUGAUCAAUUCUAAAGCCAAUAAAAUUAAUUUCAUGAAUGUGCGUCAAAAAAAAAAUCAAUUUUCUUCAAUCUCAAAGUUUAAAAGUUCUAGAAUAAUGCCCAUAUGACUCUGAAUUUGUUCAUGGAAGUAUCAAAAUUUAGUUUAAAGAUAAUUUGAAGCAGAUAACUUGGAUGUACAGAAGGUUGUCCGACAAGAGGAAAUAAAAACCGCUGACGCGAGUAGUUUCGCCGCUUUUUUAAAUAAUCAAAAAAUAACUGAAGAAAUAAUAAUUCCUCCUGCUGUUGAUGAUUAUACAACAGAAACCGUGCCCAUUUUAAACAAAACUGAAGUGACUCAAGUGGAAAAGUGCAACACGUGCCCUAAAACGAGGAAGUUGAAUAAAAUUUUAAAUAAAAAAUAUAUGCAGUUAACAGCUGAAAAUGCAGUUUUAAAAGCGGAAAACCUCCGUUUAAAAGAAGAAAUGCAUAUUCUAAAGAACGAGAAGGAGAGUCAAAUUUUAAAACAAUUAGAAAAUGUGAGGGAAGACUUGAAAAAAAAGAAGAAAAAGACAUCUGCGCGGAAUAGUGACUCAAAUACGGUUACUUGUGCUGGAGUCCAAAUUUGUAAAGACGCUUUUAAUGAAGCCUUGGAUGCGACGACUAUCAGUGCCAGAGUUCGCAAAAUUGCCUCUGGCUACUGGCCUCCUAAAAAAAUUCAAUUUGUUGGCAACAAAAAGCCAUUGGGGGUAUCCAAGAAAAAUUGGAUUAAAAUCCAAUACAAAGAUUACGACAAUAUCAGACGUGUCGUAAAAAAAAUUCAAAGAAAUGAGGAUCAUACAAUCCAUGGUGUGGACGAGAAACAUUACGAGGAGAAUUUUAAUAUGUGGGUUCACAAAGCAGUUAACUGCAGACGUGAUAAAUCAUUUUGUAAAGAACUAACGGAGGAACAAGAAAAAGAGGAUGAAGAAGAGGAGGAAGAGGGAGUAGAUGAAGAGGAGGGAGAGGAAGAAGAGGAGGGAGAGGAUAAAGAGGAAGAAGAGGAAGUGGAUGAAGAGGAGAGAGUGGAUGAAGAGGAGAGAGUGGAUGAAGAGGAGAGAGUGGAUGGAGAGGAGAGAGUGGAUGAAGAGGAGAGAGUGGAUGAAGAGGAGAGAGUGGAUGAAGAGGAGAGAGUGGAUGAAGAGGAGAGAGUGGAUGAAGAGGAGAGAGUGGAUGAAGAGGAGAGAGUGGAUGGAGAGGAGAGAGUGGAUGGAGAGGAGAGAGUGUAUGAGGAAGAAAGAGAGAGGAGGAAGUGAAAGAAUAAAAGUG